GUUCCCUAAAAAAACUUCACCUUCUUUCCAAGAUCCAAACCCAGCAGGACCUUGUGUUCAUCUGAUUUCUCACAUCGCGCCCCCUUUUGCUUUUACUUUCGAAUUUACCAUCUUUUUCUCUUUGGGUAAUCUUCACAAAGGCAAAGUUGAUGAAAUGAACAUGUAAUUGAGUAUCAAAUGAAUUGGGUCAAUCGGAUUCGGAUCUAAUUUAUAGGCUUUAGAAGAUAACUGGUUAAGGAUUGUUCAGUUCUGUUAUGGCAACAGAGACCAAAAGCUCUACGGUGAGGCUCAAGCCAAGUGCCCAAGAUGUCUCUUCCAAACCCAAGAUUGAAUCUUUGGCUCUCAAGAAGAAGGUGGACACCUCAACCAGACACCCACCUGAUUCUAAGAUGAAACCCGUUACCACUGUCACCAAAUCUGAGGUUAAAUCAAAACCGACAUCGACAUCGUCAUCCAAAGCAGUAACAAAGACAACAACUACUAUCAAAAUAAGAGAGAAGAAAGUCUAUAGUCUGCCUGGUCAGAAACAUGAUCCUCCCGAACAGAAAGAACCCCUAAGGGUUUUCUACGAGUCAUUGUCAAAACAGAUACCAACAAGUGAAAUGGCAGAAUUUUGGUUAAUGGACCAUGGUUUGCUGUCUCCUGAAAGAGCUAAGAAAGCAUUUGAGAAGAAGUAUAGGAAGCAAAAGGAGCUUCGGACAGGAACUCCGACUCCUGUUAAGGUAUCAAAGCCACCUACUAAGACUGAAACUUCACAGAAACAGACAUCAAAGAACGGUGAUAUCAAAGCCAAGAAAAGAAUUGUCCAUGAGAGUGAUGACGACGACGACGAUGAUGAUUUUGUUUUAAGUCAUAAAAGAAGAAAAUAGUAAGAAGGAAAGCCUCAUGGUGUUAAUUUAACAUGGGGAAAAACAGAAAAGGGUAAAGAAUAAAAGAGGAAGAAACGUUGCAAGACAACACAACAAUUGUUAGAUUAAAACAUUCUUCAUGUUUUAAUUUAUAGAAACAAUAAGGUACAUGCAAUUUACGUGUCUCUGGCAAUCUACAUUAUGAUACGGAAACUGCUUCCCUCUGUUACCUUAGUACCUUGAGAUUGACAAACAUAUUUUACAUCACAGUUUGACUAGCUCUUCUUUCUUCUUA